UUUCUCUGCAGGGUAGCUGGACUCUUAUGGACAGGCUGAGAAGAUCAGUUCUGCAGGAAAGACUCAGAGUAGAUCUGCUGCUCCACAUCCAGAGGAACCAGCUGAGGUGCUUCAUCUAACAAGACCUCUGCACAUGUCCAACUGGGAGGACAGCCUGGACAUGUCCAACUGGGAAGAAAGCCUGGACAUGUCCAACUGGGAGGACAGCCUGGACAUGUCCAACUGGGAGGAAAGCCCAGGGAAGACCCAAGACAGGCUGGAUAGACCAUGUCUGGCCUGAGAACACCUUGGAGUCCUCCCAGAAGAGCUGGAUGGAUAAAUGAUAAUGAUUCAGCUGAAGGAGAUUUUUGAGACAGACACCGACAUCGCCCUGGUGUUGGAGCUGGUGACCGGAGGAGAACUGUUCGACCGGAUCGUGGAGAGAGGGUACUACAGCGAGAGAGACGCAGCCCACGUCAUCAAACAGAUCCUGGAGGCCGUGGCGUAUUUACACGGGAACGGAGUCGUUCAUCGCGACCUGAAGCCYGAGAACCUGCUGUACGCUGACCUGUCGCUGGACGCCUCGCUGAAGAUCGCCGACUUUGGACUUUCCAAAAUCAUCGAUGACCAGGUGACCAUGAAGACCGUCUGUGGUACUCCAGGGUACUGUGCUCCGGAGAUCCUGCGGGGGAAUGCUUACGGCCCCGAGGUGGACAUGUGGUCAGUGGGCGUCAUCCUCUACAUCCUGCUCUGCGGGUUUGAGCCRUUCUUUGACCCAAGAGGGGAUCAGUACAUGUACAGCCGAAUCCUCAACUGUGACUAUGAGUUUGUGUCGCCGUGGUGGGAUGAGGUCUCCCUCAAUGCCAAGGAUUUGGUCAGUAAGCUGAUUGUCCUCGACCCUCGCAAACGCCUCAGUGUCCGGGAGGCCCUGCAGCACCCCUGGGUGCUGGGUAAAGCUGCUCGUUUCUCCCACAUGGACACGACCCAGAGGAAACUGCAAGAGUUCAACGCCCGACGCAAACUUAAGGCUGCCAUGAAGGCCGUUGUCGCCACCAGUCGAAUGCACGAGGGUUCGAGGCGUCGCACCGACAGCUGCGAGAUUCCAGCUUCGGGAACUUCCAGGCAGAGCAGUAUGCAGCAGGACCUGCCACCUGAGUCCACAAGUCCCACCCCUGACGAGAAGGAGGCCACACCCCCGGACCAGGAGGUUCCAGAGCAAGCCGAACCCAAGCUCGCUGACCAAAGUGCCCUCAGCCCCUCGCCGCCACGCAGCCCCAAUAGUCCCGUCUCUGAGGCCUCGCCCACAGGCUCCGCCCUCGUCAGACCACCACUGCGUGCCGACGGGCUCCGACAGGCGUCAGUCAUCCCCAAAUCAAUGCUGGUCCAUCCRCGGCUGCCGCAAAAAAGCUGCUCUGUCAUAGAGCCCGCCCUCAGAGCUGAGGCCACACCCCCUCUGGGUUCGCCUCCGAGUCCCAGUAGCCUCAGCAACGGCUUCGCACCGGGGGCGGAGCCUAGCAGUAAAACUGCCCCCUGUCAGUGAUCACCUGACAGCGCUGCUUUGAGUUCAUCACACACAAAAAAAAUCUCACAAUUCAGCUUCCAUCAACGUUUCAGUCGACUUCCUGGGACCAAAUUAUCCCAGAAACAAAAGUUUGAGUAUUUCCUGGCGUCAGUUUAACGCACCUGAGUUCUGUAGCUGAGCUGUGAGGCUAAAAGGUAAACACUGAGGGCUGUUUGAAGAAGCUUAUUUCAAAUGUUUAAGGACACAGUAGCAGCACUGAUUGCACUAUUUUACCAAUAAAAGAUUUUAAAUCAAGAAAAUCUACAUUAGUGGAUUUUCAGAAUGAAUGUAAAGUUGGAAACAA